AUGGCCUCUGUCCCAGAUGGCGAAGACAGGGUGUAUCACAUAGAGGACGGCCAGGACGGCACGCAGCGGAAAAAAGGCGAGGGCUUGCCGCGUGUUGCGUGCGGACGCGGUCGCCACUUUCUUCUCAUCCCCCGCCCAGCGGCACAUUAUGGCGCAACAGGUCGCGGCUCAAACUCCGACUCAGGAAUCCCCGCCUUCUGCUGGAUCCCAGCUUAUGGAUUUCUCUGCAGAGGCGUAGCAUGCGAUGGUUUGAUUACCACGAUGCUUCUCCGGACCGGGCAAAUAAGAGGCCAAAGACAAAAAAGUCGGAUCCGUAAGCCUUUCAGAUUGCUCAUGACACCACAGCAGCGAUCAAUCCAUCAAAUCCAUCAAUCCACAAAUCAAAUCGACCUCUCAGACUUGAUUUACAACCAGGUUUAUAUGGGCAGAUUUGAUUUGAAGGGUUUGAGAGAUUUGGCCGAAGGAAGUUUGAGAAUUGCAAGUAUACUUGAUUAUUCCCAAGUGUGGAUGCCACCAACCGGAGAUUUUGUCAGCUGUAUACCGCCCUCAAAGUACCCCCAAGCUACAGGCACCCGACGUGGCAAAAUCCAAGCACCUUGA